AUAACCAAUCUAUCAUAUUCAUGAUUCAUCUCUCUUCCUUCUUCUUCUUUCUUCCUUCAUCACUCUCUCUCUAGUUUCCAGAUUCUUCUAUCACUAUCUUAUCUGGUUCUGUAAGCAAGGUGACGUGUAUUCAGAUACAGGUAUAUCUGCAUAAAGCUCCAGAUUCCGAUCCUCGCCGUUGAAACCUGAAUCCGAAUACUUUUACGGCCGUCGAUAUCUCAGACUCCAUAGUUCGCCGUGUCCGCUUAUCUUGUUGAGGGAGGCCAGGCGGGUCGAUUUUAAAUGAUAUGCAAAAGUGGGAUAAGGAAUCUUAUUGUUCAAGCGGGGAGGGUAGUAGGGUGCAGAAGAACUGGGGCGUAUUUGAACAGCAUUGGUAGGGUGUGCAUGCAGGCCUCUUUGGGGAACCGCGGGUUUAAAACGAGUUUAAGGAUGAUGGUUGAUUCUAGUAAACAAGGUUCCAUUGUUGAUGUCUUGUCGGAGAAAGAUGAAGAGGGUGGAUAUAUCAGUGGUGGCUGGAAAAGUGAAGGCGGAAAACUUAGCUGCGGCUAUUCCAGUUUUAGGGGGAAAAGAGCCACCAUGGAGGAUUUUUAUGAUAUAAAGACUUCCAAUAUUGAUGGACAAACAGUCUGCCUGUUUGGAAUUUUUGAUGGUCAUGGUGGUUCUCGUGCUGCUGAAUAUCUGAAGGAGCAUCUAUUUGAGAAUCUCAUGAAGCAUCCAAACUUCAUCACAGACACCAAGUUAGCUAUUAGUGAAUCAUAUCAGCAAACUGAUGCAGCUUUUUUGGAUUCUGAAAGGGAUACAUACCGUGAUGACGGUUCUACUGCUUCAACAGCAGUGUUAGUGGGCAACCAUCUAUAUGUUGCCAAUGUUGGAGAUUCUCGUACAGUAAUAUCAAAGGCAGGCAAAGCAAUUCCUCUAUCCGAGGAUCAUAAACCAAAUCGAACUGAUGAGAGGAAGAGAAUUGAAAAUGCUGGGGGCAUUGUAAUGUGGGCAGGAACUUGGAGGGUAGGAGGUGUUUUGGCUAUGUCUCGGGCUUUUGGAAACCGCAUGUUGAAGCAAUUUGUUAUCGCAGAACCUGAGAUCCAGGAACAAGUGAUAGACCAAGAAUUUGAAUUGCUGGUGCUUGCUAGUGAUGGGCUGUGGGACGUGGUGCCAAAUGAGGAUGCCAUUUCACUUGCCCGAACAGAAGAAGAACCUGAGGCAGCAGCUCGGAAGUUAACGGGAACCGCAUUUGCCCGCGGCAGUGCCGACAAUAUAACAUGCAUUGUGGUGAGGUUUAACCAUGAGAAAGCAGAGUCUACCGGGGCUAACCAUGAUUAGAGAACUCUACUUUGCAUGUGUGGAUUCAUUACCAUUUUGAAGUAAUUGAUUAAAUUAAAUCUGUAAUGCAAUGCAAAAGACUGAAUGUGCAUAUAGAAAUGAAGGCAAUUAAUUUAUUCAUUGGUUUUGUUUCCAAAUUUGCUUUUGUACCAAAAGUAAACUUAUUGAUCUGUCUCAUUCUGGUUCCAUACACUCGGGUUAUAGUGAUGAUUGUAAUAUCCAUGAUUCUCUAUUACAUAGGAGACAUUUUAUUCUAUGGUAAAUAGAAUCAAGAUUGAUAUC